AUGGCCGCUCGCACUGAUUGGCUGUUGACCCAAACAUAUCCGAACGCUGUUUUACUGACAGUGAAGUUGCCGAUGUUCCACGACCCGGAAGUGGUGACGAAGCCGCUGCAGACUGCUAUAUCGACGUCUCAUUGUUACGAGUCUCGAACUUUGCGUUUGCGCCGACAGAGGCACUGCCACCGCCUUCAACGCGACCAAUCACAGAGCACCGCGAUGCAAUAUGGUUCC